AAAACAUACAUUGAAGCUUUUUAUUCUGAAACAUUUGGCGGAAGAGUUCCAGGUGGCGCGAAAUCUGCGAGCAAAGCUCGUGAAUGCGGAGAGCGUGGACGGCGCUUCACUGACAGUUUAAUCCUGAAGCUCCACGACGUGAACGGAGUGAAGUUCGGAGAAUACAAGCUGAAGAGCGGCCUGCUGGCUCCCAUUUAUAUCGACCUGAGGGUGCUCAUGUCCCACCCCGCGCUCACAAACCAGGUUGCGAGUCUCAUCUACGAGCGAGUGCAAGAAGAGGGGCUGCAGCUCCACUCUGUGUGUGGGGCUCCUUACACAGCCUUGCCUUUGGCCACAGUGAUCUGCUCACGACAUGAACUGCCCAUGGUCAUCAGGCGGAAGGAGGCAAAGACUAUAGGAACCAAACGGCUGGUGGAGGGGUCUUUCCGUCAGGGGGACACGUGCCUGAUCAUUGAGGACACGGUGACCAGCGGCACCAGCAUCCUGGAGACGGCUGAAGUGCUCUGCAAAGAGGGGCUGAAGGUGACGGAUGCAGUGGUCCUAAUGGACAGAGAGCAAGGUGGUGUGGAGAUGUUGGCUUCAAAGGGAAUCAAGCUCCAUCCCAUCAUCUCCAUAUCUCAGCUGCUCCGUGUGCUGCAGGCAGCCGAACGCAUCGACGCCCAAACCGCCCAGAGUGUCCACAGGUUCAUCCAGGACAACAACACUUUCAGGUACAACUUUACAGAGUUUUCCCCCCAGUGGGGCUCAAGUGUUUACUUGUGUUACUUCACAAUCCAGGAACAAAAAGUCAGUACAGUAACUCUGUCACCUUCACGCCCGGGUUUCAACACCACUGUGACGUUGGACCCCUCCCCAAGGACGCACAACAAUGGCUGCUCAAAGAUCAUCAACAUGUUUUCAUGUUUCCAUCAUGAUGAGGAGCAGAAACUCUGAGGAUUCUCCUGAACUCCUGACUACAACCCAAAGAUUAUCACAGCUGAGUCUGGACAGGACGUCACUCUGACAUGUCGAGCUCCAAACAACAACAUCAUAGUUGUAAAGUGGAGCAGAGCUGACCUGGGAGAUAAAUAUGUGCUUUUGUAUCGGGAUGGUCAGUUUGUUCCAGAUAACCAGCAUCCAUCUUUUAAGAACCGGGUGGAUCUGCAGGACAGACAGAUGAAGGAUGGAGACGUGUCUUUGAUUCUGAAGGAUGUGACGAUUAAUGAUGCUGGAACAUACAAGUGUGGUGUCGUCCAACAAGUGAGAGGACGUAUGACUCUGAUCAACACCACCUACCUUCAUGUUGUUCUUCCAGGUCAGACAGGAGGACAAGAGAAGGAUGAAGACAACAAAGAUGGAGGAAAGGAAGACAAAGAGAAGGAGGAUGGAUCUGUUGGACUGAAAGUUGGUCUGUCAGUUCUUUUUGUGCUUCUUCUUGUUGCUGUUGUUGGUUUCUUGAUCUACAGAAAACAUAAACAACAACAGAGUGAGGAAACAAACCAGCCUCCUGUUGAACUGCAGCAGGUUGAAAUGUCUCAGAGGUUUCUCCAGCAUUGAGUCUGCUGCUGCUGUUCAGAGUUCUGGGUGUUGUCAGUGUUUAAAAUCCUGCAGAAACAGAUGAACUGAGCACAGACAGCAGGCCCACAGUACUGUAGGUUUAUUUCAUUUUAAUCUUUAAUGGCUGCUUCUGUUUUUGCUGACAGCUCAUCUCAGUGGAAGAGUUUCAUCUUUAAAAACAGUCUUUACAUUUCAGCUCUGUAGUUCACUGGAACAUCCAGAGGGCUGUGACUACAAAUCAGCUUCAACACAGUCAGGCUUUCUUUGUGUUAGCUGGCUCAACUAAACCUGAAACUGCAGUCAGAGACAGCAGGUAUCACCAUGGUGAUUAUCAACUUUCUCUGUUACCCUGGCUCUCUGCUUCAGGCUCUGAGCACGCUCAGAUGAAAAGGACCAUUUUGUGUAUCAUGUGACUUUUCUUCUACACAAAAUGAUCCCUGUGAGCGCCACCCAGGGCAAUCAGAGACGUUAUUCAUUGAUAACUUCACUAAUGUCUCCACUAAAUGAAUACAGGUACAUUGUGACAGUGUGAUGUGCAGUUUAGCUUCAUUCAGUGUUUUCAGUAAGUUACAGUUUAACAAGCUGCACAUAUGAAACAUUUCCUCCAGCAGAGGAUCUGCAUCACAGUGAAAACGUGGCUCUAACAGCUGAUUUAAAAACAAAACUCUGAACAUGACCUGCUCCUGUCCAGGUGAUGUUUCACCAUCAGUUACCAUGGUGAUUUAGCCUCUUUCUGACACAGAAAGUUCAGACUUGAGUUUUUGUAGUGCACGCACCUGAGGUUCAGAUUUUCAGAGUUAGAAAAUCUCAAGUAAAACACUUUAAAACUCUACAACUGCUGUCAGCAAAAAUAACUUUUAACUCUUCAAACAAAUGAAAUCAACACUUGAAAAUUUUUCACUUUGAUGGUUUUGUUUCCACUAGAGAUGGACCGAUCUGAUAUUAGGUAUCGGUAUCGGUCCGAUACUGACCUAAAUUACUGGAUCGGAUAUCGGCGAGAAAUAAAAAAUGUAAUCCGAUCCA